GCCGGAAGUGACGCGCUGCGGGCGCGCCCCGGGCAUGGCGGCGGCGGAGCCCGGCAUGAAGCAGUUCAAUGGCGGCGGCGGCGGCGCGCCGGACGCGGAGCGCGGCCGCUUCCCGCACUGCGUGGUGUGGACCCCGAUCCCCGUGCUGACGUGGCUGUUCCCCAUCAUCGGCCACAUGGGCAUCUGCACCUCGGCCGGCGUCAUCCGCGACUUCGCGGGGCCCUACUUCGUGUCCGAAGACAACAUGGCCUUUGGGAAACCUGUGAAGUACUGGAAGCUGGAUCCCAGCAAAGUCUGUGCCACUGGUCCCAACGCCUGGGACACGGCCGUGCACGACGCCUCCGAGGAGUACAAGCACCGCAUGCACAACCUUUGCUGUGACAACUGCCAUUCCCACGUGGCUCUGGCCUUAAACUUGAUGAGAUAUGACAACAGCACCUCCUGGAACAUGGUGAAACUGUGCUUCUUCACACUCCUCUAUGGGAAAUACGUCAGCAUAGGGGGGUUUGUGAAGACCUGGCUGCCCUUUGUCCUCUUCCUGGGGGUGAUUGUCACCGUGGUUCUCACCCUGCACCUGCGGUGAUGGCAGCCCUGACCCCCCAGUGCCUGAGCACACAAAGGAAGAAACUGUGACUGAUCCAGCAGGAUGGAGGUGUGGCACUCUGGGAGCCUCUUCCAGGGAAGGUGGCAGCCCCACUCCAUCGUGACAGCUCAUCUUCCUCUCCUGGAGCUGGCUUCUUUUCCUCCUGUUUCUGUUCUGUCGAUGGUGUCUCCCAGUGUCAGGGGUCUGGAAGCUUCUGUCCUCUCCCUUUCUGCAGCUGGGGAGGUGGGGCUGGGAUCAGGAAAGGAGAGGGGUGGGCACCUUUGCUUUCAGUGCCAGGAGAAGCCUCAGGGCAAGCUCUGCCUCCUGCAGUGGCACAGCAGAUGCACCUUGGGAGGGUCUCUCUGGUCAGCUGCUUCCUCCUCUUCACCAGAUGCUUCCUCACUGCAUUCCCUGGCUCUCCCGUUAGGAGCUGCAGUUUUCCCUGUGGCACAUCUCUCCAGCAGCACACAUUCCAGAGGGGAGGGUGGGGUGCCCAGCACUCAGCGAUGGCCCCAGCAGUGGCAGGAGGUGUGUGGGACACUCCUGAGGGACGCUCCGUGGCAGGGCCAGCUGCCCCUAGGGAGCAGCUCAUGGCAGGGUGCACCCUUCAGGAGGCAGCCCUUCGUCCCUUUCUGCUUGUGCCAGAGAAAAUAUCAAUUCCCUGCUUCUCCCUGGGCUCUCUGUUGCUAAAUCUGGCUCUGCAGUCCUCACAAGCCACUCGUUUCCCUUUGAUCCCCCUGCUCCCAGCAGGCAGCAGCUGGGGCAGAGAGCCUGAGCCUGGGGCUGCAAAUCCUCAGUGGGAGCAGCACCUGAGCCUGGAGCUGGGGAGGGGAGGCACUGGAAGGUGCCUGUCUGGCUGGGCUUUGCAGCAGCAAACUGGGGCAGUUCCUGGGUGGUGACUGGGAAUGUUUGGGGAGCUUUGGAGAGCACGCCUGGGCACGGGUGCUGUGCAGGGAUUGGUGUGAGGAGCACAGCUCGGGCAGGAUGGGCCCAGGGGGGCUGAACCUGGGUGCCAGGCAGGAAGGGAGUUUGGGUGUGAGCUGGAACCCCUUCUGCCACUGGGUCUGCUCUGCAGGUGCUGAUUUUGGAGGGCUCUGAGUUUUAAACCCCAGCCUGGCUGCAGGGUCCUGUGCAGCUGGGCAGGUCCCUGCUGGCUGCAGAGGGGGCAGAAGAGCUUUUCCACUCAGUACCUGAUGGGUUCCAAGGAAUCCAUUUCAGGGAGUGCUUGUGGCCAGCAGGAAAGCUUUUCUGGGGUCCCUGCCAUGCCUGCAGCUUCCUCUGGCUGUGGAGCCCCCUCACUGCCAGCUCGCUGGUUUUCAGACCCCUCCCCGUGUGCCUCUGCCACUUCCAGCCAUGUGGGAGGGUCGGACCCUCCCCUUGAGCUCGUUUCUGUGUUUUCCCUUCUCCUCGGUCACUUUUGCAGUGACCUCUCACGCUGUGCUCGUUGUUGUCCCUCUGUGUCGCGGCGUUCCCGCAGCCUGGGGCGCUGCGGGGCUGCUCUGUGCCGCAGGGCGCGGAGAGCUCCGGGACCCCGAGCAGAGAGCCCGGUGAAGCUCUGCUCUCCGCCCGGGAGAGGGGCGUGCUUUCCCUGCUGUGAUUUCAGAGCGAUCCUUGGAGUGCCGGCCCGGGGCUGGACCCACCCUCAGCAAUAACCGCGAGCCCCUCCGCCCAGCCCGCCCUUGUUUUAUCCACGAGCUCUGCAAGAAUUGCCAAAGCUGAGGCUUGGGGGUGUCAGGGGCCCCCUGGACUUCCAAAACCCCACUGUGAAAUUCCCUCUCGUUUGCUCCUGAUGCUUUUUACAGAGCGGAGUUUGGAAUGGCGAGGGCGAGCCCCCAUCCCUCAUCCUUUGUUCCCUUCAUCUCUGCGGGGCGCUGGAUUUCUUUGUAAAUAUUUAAACUCUGCUUCUGUGGUUUCAUAAUCCCGACGGCAGGGAAAUAAACUGAUUUC